AUGGAACCCACCGAAGCCUCCGAGGCACCCACCGAUGCUCCGAGAGCCGUCUUUCAUAACUACCUGCGCGCCUUUUAUCCAUUUCACCCCGCUGGAAAUGUAUCGCCAUCGACUGUCACUCUCCCUCUGGACCAGGGAGAUAUCAUCCUGGUUCACUCCAUUCACACCAAUGGCUGGGCCGACGGUACCCUGUUAGAUUCUGGAAAUCGGGGCUGGCUACCAACGAAUUAUUGCGAAGCAUACGAUCAAAUCCCCAUGCGCCCGCUGCUACAAGCACUUACGGAUUUUUGGGACGUUAUUCGUGGGGGAUGUGGGUCAUCAUUAAAAGAUUUUGGAAAUCAAGACUUAAUGAGAGGACCCAUUGCGGGUGUUCGGUUCCUUCUGGAGAAGUCUGAAUGCCUGACACGAGAAUCACCAUUAGUUAAGAAGUAUGAUGGACUACGAAGGAUCCGAAAGGCCUUACUAUCAGAUCUUUCAUCGCUUGUGAAGACUGCUAAACGGUUUCAAGAUGUCGCUAAUGGAAUGCCCGCGGAAGAUGAGGUGGAAAGUAUCCUCGAUGAGAUGCUUCUUAAGGCCUUUAAAAUUGUCACUCGGGGAGUUCGUUUUCUCGAUGUUUGGAAUGAGGAGGUGGGAUUAAGUCGCACAAUUGCAGAGCUGGAAGCUGCGGGUGAUGGUAACCCAACACAAUAUGAUAUGCCACCCACACCUGCCUCGGAGACCUUCACCGAGGAUACUGCACCAAUGUCCGACAGUUACUCCGAACGCAAUGAGUCUCGCCAGAUGACUCGUAGCCGAAUGGAUGUUAGCCGAGCGUCAAUGCGCACCGAAAUGCUUGACCACGCUCCUCGACCUGUCUCUGUUUCUACUAAGCGCAUGUCUAUUUCUCACCGUGUUUCAUAUUCGGGAGCUUCGACAGCGAUCCGUGCUCAGAACCUCGCAUCGGAGCGACUGGGAACUACCUACGAUGCUUUUCUCGGCGUACUUGGAUCCUACAUUGGCCUGCAUAUGCAGUCGAGGUCUUCAACAGAGCUGGCAGUCACUACCGAACAAGCAGUGGAAUCUUGUCGUUCCCUCCUAGAGGUUGUUGAGACUGUCUGUACCCAUGAUUCCCAGCGAAGUGUUCUCCUUGAGGAAGCUCGCGAGUCUAUGGGUGAGAAACUGAAUGAGCUGGUUGAGGCCGCUCGCAAUGUCUUUCGUCCAGCUAAUUCACAGGACGAUGACCAGAUCUUCAUGCCAGAGCUGGGUAAGCGUCUUGUAGACGCUGCUACUGACUGUGUGCGAGCUGCGGGUAACUGUCUGGCGAAGGCGCGUCUUGUGCUGGAGAAGAUUGGCGACAUUGAGCUUGAGCCAGUCAGUGAAGAGACCGAGUCUGCAGACGUCCCUGGCAUUGUUACUUCUCAGGCCGAGACCCCAGGCGAGGAGAAACAAGAGCUUUCGUUGCGACUUCCUCCCCCUCCACUUACGAUUCCAAACUCGACUUACACUCCCUCCACCCCUGGCCUGAGUGAUGCUACCACUCCUUCAUCUUUCCAAUCCCAGCUUUCCUCCAAUAAUUCCUCUCUCCCCUCUUCAACUCUUUCUUCUCUUCCCUCUUCCGCUAUUCUCUCUACCCACUUCGAACAAAUUACUUCAUUCUCUUCAUACGACAGCAGUUACCGUGAAAGCCAACCCAAGUCCGACGUGAGUGAGUCCUUCGGACGCGGUGUAACAAGCACGGGUAGCAGCUUCACAUACAACAGCCACGCACGAGACUCCGAAAUGAGCGGGAUCUCACAAACAUCGACCCGCGCGACUUCGCCUGAUAUUUCCGGCAGCUAUAACGUUCCAUCACUGAAAGAAAGUAUUAGCUACUCGACAUUGGCGGAAGAAAAUGAGGAAACGGAGGCUCAUCUACUCGAGAAGACUUACGCGCAUGAGCUUGUUUACAAGGAGGGCCAAGUGAUGGGCGGAAGUCUCCGCGCACUCAUUGAGAAGCUCACUGCGCAUCAGUCGACCCCCGACGCGAUGUUUGUAUCCACAUUCUACCUUACCUUCCGCCUCUUUGCUACUCCUUUGGAGUUUGCCGAGGCUCUUACUGAGCGAUUCGAAUACAUUGGUGAUACCCCUCACGCAGCUGGACCUGUCCGUUUGCGCGUUUACAACGUAUUCAAGGGCUGGCUCGAGUCUCACUGGCGCCACGACCGUGACGACACUGCCCUGGAGUUCAUUGUGGAUUUCGCUAAGAACCGCUUGACAACUGACUUGCCCACUGCUGGUAAGCGCCUCAUUGACUUGGCUGAGAAGGUUUCUGCUGUUCACGGACCCGUCGUUCCUCGACUGGUUUCUUCUAUGGGCAAAACAAACACAUCUAUUGCUCAAUACGUCCACCCUGAUACCCCUCUCCCAUCGCCUGUUCUUGGAAAGAAGGAGAUCAACCUGCUUAAGCAGUGGAAGACUGGAGAGUCCUCUAUCACCAUUCUUGACUUUGAUCCAUUGGAGCUGGCUCGGCAAUUGACUAUCAAGGAGUCUCGCAUUUUCUGUUCUAUUCUUCCCGAGGAGCUCCUCGAUACAGAAUGGACCCGAAAGUCAGGCUCACUUGCCGUCAAUGUCCGUGCUAUGUCAACAUUAUCAACGGAUCUUGCUCACCUUGUGGCUGACUCCAUCCUCUACCUUGAGGAGCCCAAGAAGCGGGCUGUCACUAUCAAACACUGGGUUAAGAUUGCCAACAAGUGCCUGGAGCUUAACAACUAUGAUUCUCUCAUGGCUAUUAUCUGUUCCUUGAACUCGUCAAUGAUCUCACGGCUCAAGCGCACCUGGGACAUUGUAUCCCAAAAGACAAAGACUACUCUGGAAAACCUUCGAACCAUUGUUGAUGUCUCACGAAACUACGCGGUGCUCCGACAACGUCUGCAGAACCACGUCCCACCGUGUUUGCCUUUCGUGGGCACCUACCUCACUGAUCUUACUUUCGUGGAUCACGGUAACCAGUCUCUUCGAUCCUUGCCAACAGAUGACGGCGAUAGGGCCGUUAUCAACUUCGACAAGCACAUGAAGACAGCCCGAAUCAUCAGUGAGCUCCAGCGCUUCCAGAUUCCGUACCGUCUUACCGAAGUUCCAGAGCUACAGACCUGGAUGCAGAACGAGCUUGUGCGUGUCCGCUCCGUUGGAGAAUUGGCCGCCCAGUCUUUCUACCGUCGAUCUCUCGUCCUCGAACCACGAGAGUCACGCAGUGGUGCUAGCACUGUUCCCCAGACUCCAUCAGAGUCUAGUGCUCCUCCAUCAAUCCUUGAAAAUGCCAAGGAUAAAUUUGAUUUCCUUUCCUGGACACAUCCUUCUAAACCAAAGUCCGUCGCGACUAAUGGUUAA